AUGUCGAAGCCCUGUGCCUUCCUGACGGUCCUGGUGGUGCUGAGCUGCUGGUCAACCUGCUCUCUAGGAUGUGACCUGCCUCACACACAUAACCUCAGGAACAAGAGAGCCUUGACACUCCUGGAACAAAUGAGGAGACUCUCCCCUGUCUCCUGCCUCAAGGACAGAAAGGACUUUGGAUUCCCUCUGGAGAAGGAGAAUGUCCAGCAGAUCCAGAAGACUCAAGCCAUCCCUGUCUUGAAUGAGCUGACCCAGCAGGUCCUGAGCCUCUUCUGCUCAAAGGACUCCUCUUCUGCUUGGGAGACAACCCUCCUAGACACAUUCUGCAGCGGCCUCCACCAGCAGCUCCAGGACCUGCAGGCCUGUCUGAGGCAGCAGGUCGGGGUGCAGGAAUCUCCCCUGACCCAGGAGUACCCCAUGGAGGCUGUGAGGAAGUACUUCCACAGGAUCACUGUCUACCUGAGAGAGAAGAAACACAGCCCCUGUGCCUGGGAGGUUGUCAGAGCACAAGUGUGGAGAGCCCUGUCUUCCUCAGCCCACUGGCUGGCCAGACGGAGAGAGGAGGAGGACUGAGUCCUGAGCCAAAGAGGAGAGGACUGUGCUGGACUAGGACACUCUAUCUCGCUUCAUGAGCUUCCUUUAAAACUCUCAUUCAAUUUGGGAUGAAUAUAAUCAACGUGACUAGAUGUUUCAGCGAAACAGAGCAAUGUUUUUGUAUAUGUAAAAGCAUUUUUUUUUCUUUAUCCAUCAGGUCUUAUUUAUUUAUUUAUUUAUUUAUUUAUUUAUUUAUUUAUAUAAUUUCAGGCAUUUAUUUUAAAGCUUACUGCCUUAUUGUUUCUUUAAUGUACCAAACCAUCAUUUGUAAUCAAAC